CUUGUCUGGGACCAAGAGACAAGACAGAAAAGUCUGGAAGCCGCAGGCAAAGGGAGCGGCAGUGAAAGACUACAAUUCCCGUCAUGCCCCGGCGCAGCGACGCCUGCGCAUUGUGCGCCGGUUGCCCAUGCGGCCCUAGGGCUGGGAGCGCCGCGCCGCUCCGCUGCGGGGGAGGCCAUGGCGGAACCUACCCAGGCCUCAACCCCGGCGCCGGCCACGCAGUCCCGUCCCCUUCAGUCUCCAGCCCCUGCCCCAACUCCGACUCCUGCCCCCAGCCCGGCUUCAGCCCCGACUCCGGCUCCCACUCCGGCACCAGCCCCCGCCCCAGCUGCAGCCCCAGCCGGGAGCACAGGGACUGGGGCUCCCGGGGUAGGAAGUGGGGGCACCGGGAGCGGAGGGGAUCCGGCUCGACCUGGCCUGAGCCAGCAGCAGCGCGCCAGCCAGAGGAAGGCGCAAGUCCGGGGGCUGCCGCGCGCCAAGAAGCUUGAGAAGCUAGGGGUCUUCUCGGCUUGCAAGGCCAAUGAAACCUGCAAGUGUAAUGGCUGGAAAAACCCCAAGCCCCCCACUGCACCACGCAUGGACCUACAGCAGCCAGCUGCCAACCUGAGCGAGCUAUGCCGCAGCUGUGAGCAUCCCUUGGCCGACCACGUGUCCCACCUGGAGAAUGUGUCAGAGGAGGAGAUUAACCGGCUACUGGGUAUGGUGGUGGACGUGGAGAACCUAUUCAUGUCUGUUCAUAAGGAGGAGGACACAGACACUAAGCAGGUGUAUUUCUACCUCUUCAAGCUUCUGCGGAAAUGCAUCCUGCAGAUGACCCGGCCAGUGGUGGAGGGCUCCCUGGGCAGUCCCCCGUUUGAGAAGCCUAAUAUUGAACAGGGUGUGCUGAACUUUGUGCAAUACAAGUUUAGUCACCUCGCCCCUCGGGAGCGGCAGACGAUGUUUGAGCUCUCAAAGAUGUUCCUGCUCUGCCUUAACUACUGGAAGCUUGAGACGCCUGCCCAAUUUCGGCAGCGGUCUCAGGCCGAGGACGUGGCUACCUACAAGGUCAAUUAUACCAGAUGGCUCUGCUACUGCCACGUGCCCCAGAGCUGUGAUAGCCUCCCCCGCUACGAGACCACUCACAUCUUUGGGCGAAGCCUUCUCCGCUCCAUCUUCACUGUGACCCGGCGGCAGCUGCUAGAGAAAUUCCGGGUGGAAAAGGACAAGCUGGUGCCUGAGAAGAGGACCCUCAUCCUCACCCACUUCCCAAAAUUCCUGUCCAUGCUGGAGGAGGAGAUCUAUGGGGCGAACUCUCCGAUCUGGGAGUCGGGCUUCACCAUGCCGCCCUCAGAGGGGACCCAGCUGGUGCCCAGGCCAGCUACGGUCAGCGCGGCAGUUGUUCCCAGUGCCCCCAUCUUCAGCCCCACCAUGGGUGGGGGCAGCAACAGCUCCUUGAGUCUGGAUUCCGGAGGGGCUGAGCCCAUGCCAGGUGAGAAGAGGAAGCUCCCAGAGAAUCUGACCCUGGAGGAUGCCAAGCGGCUCCGCGUGAUGGGCGACAUCCCCAUGGAGUUGGUCAACGAGGUCAUGCUCACCAUCACCGACCCUGCCGCCAUGCUGGGGCCUGAGACGAGCCUGCUGUCUGCCAACGCAGCCCGGGACGAGACGGCCCGCCUAGAGGAGCGCCGCGGCAUCAUUGAGUUCCAUGUCAUCGGCAACUCACUGACGCCCAAGGCCAACCGGCGGGUAUUGCUGUGGCUCGUGGGGCUGCAGAAUGUCUUCUCCCACCAGCUGCCGCGCAUGCCCAAGGAGUACAUCGCCCGCCUCGUCUUUGACCCGAAGCACAAGACUCUGGCCUUGAUCAAGGAUGGGCGGGUCAUUGGUGGGAUCUGCUUCCGUAUGUUUCCCACCCAGGGCUUCACAGAGAUUGUCUUCUGUGCUGUCACCUCAAAUGAGCAAGUCAAGGGCUAUGGGACUCACCUGAUGAACCACUUGAAGGAGUAUCACAUCAAACACAACAUUCUCUACUUCCUCACCUAUGCCGACGAGUACGCCAUUGGCUACUUCAAAAAGCAGGGCUUCUCCAAGGACAUCAAGGUUCCCAAGAGCCGUUACCUGGGCUACAUUAAGGACUAUGAGGGUGCAACAUUGAUGGAGUGUGAGCUGAAUCCCCGGAUCCCCUACACGGAGCUGUCCCACAUCAUCAAAAAGCAGAAGGAGAUCAUCAAGAAGCUGAUUGAGCGCAAACAAGCCCAGAUCCGAAAGGUCUACCCCGGGCUCAGCUGCUUCAAGGAGGGUGUGAGGCAGAUCCCUGUGGAGAGUGUCCCCGGCAUUCGAGAGACAGGCUGGAAGCCGUUGGGGAAGGAGAAAGGGAAGGAGCUGAAGGAUCCAGACCAGCUCUACACAACCCUCAAAAACUUGCUGGCCCAGAUCAAGUCACACCCCAGUGCCUGGCCCUUCAUGGAGCCUGUGAAGAAGUCAGAGGCCCCUGACUACUAUGAGGUCAUCCGCUUCCCUAUUGACCUGAAGACCAUGACGGAGCGACUGCGCAGCCGCUACUAUGUCACCCGGAAGCUCUUUGUGGCUGACCUGCAGCGGGUCAUUGCCAACUGCCGCGAGUACAACCCCCCGGACAGCGAGUACUGCCGCUGUGCCAGCGCCCUGGAGAAGUUCUUCUACUUCAAGCUCAAGGAGGGGGGCCUCAUUGACAAGUAGCCUCUGGCUUUGGACCGCAGCCUUGACCUGGAAUGUCUCCACCUUGGGUUCUGAUCCCAUCCUGAGGGGUGCCCCUGGCGCCCAGGUUCCUCUCAGCUUAAAGCACUCCAGCCCCGGGCCCUGCAGCCCUUUCUGGAUCCUCAGGCACCCCCAAGCCUGCAGCUCUGUCCCACUCUCCGUUGUAUCUGACCUUGGGCAGGGAUCUCCUGGAUCUGGGGUUCAGCCCCUCUACAGUGGCUGGUGGCUAGAGGAUAAACCCUGCCCGGCCCCGGUGGCCCCCAGCCCUGUCCCCGCAGAGCCACGAAGUCCUGGAGGCCUCGGCCUCGCCUGGCCCACUGUUUGCUUGAGGGCUAAGACUGCCACUUUUAGCUCGUGGGAGGGGGCUUCAGGGUUUGGAAGUUCAGCUGGGACUGGAGUGGCCAUGCCUCACCCUGCACAGUUCUGUCUGUCCCCCAGGGGUGGGGGACCUGGGGACCAUUCAUUUCCUGGCAUUAAUCCCUCAGAGGGAACAAUAAAGCUUUUUUUUUUUUUUU